CUGCCCCUCCUCUUGUUCGCAAGCGCGCCCCCCGGGCCCCGGCUGGCUGGCUGUUAGGCUUGGCAGCUUGUUCGCCUCCCACAGCCGCACGCGCACCACGCGGAGUGAAGCUGCGCGCGGUUGCAGGGGCGCCGGCGCGGGACAGAGAAGGCGCGCGCGGGGUAUAGCAAGGGCGAGCUGCUGAUCAUCAAGUGAUCAAUGGCGCCGCCGCCUGCGGAUGAGGGCGGCGCCGGCACAGGUGGCCGGUGCGGCGGCGGCGCGCGGUGGGUGCUGGUGGGCCUGGCGCUGGGGCAGUUCGUCUCGCUGCUCAUCACCUCCACCGGCUUCGCCUCCUCCGAGCUCGCCCGCCGAGGUGUCAACGCGCCAACAUCGCAGUCGCUCCUGAACUACAUCCUCCUCGCCCUCGUCUACGGCAGCGUCCUCCUCUACCGCAGGCAGCCACUCACGAUAAAAUGGUACUAUUAUUUGAUCCUUGGAAUAAUCGACGUGGAAGCUAAUUAUAUCGUUGUGAAGUCAUACCAGUACACAUCUUUGACAAGCGUGAUGCUGCUGGACUGCUGGUCGAUUCCAUGUGUCAUUGUUCUUACUUGGAUAUUUCUCAAGACCAAGUACGGGCUCAGGAAGUUCUUUGGCGUGGGAGUUUGUGUGGCUGGCCUUAUACUGGUUGUAUUUUCAGAUGUCCAUGCCUCUGACCGAGCUAAAGGACCUAACCCUCUCAAGGGUGAUUUGCUUGUCAUUCUUGGUUCCAUGCUUUAUGCUUGCAGUAAUGUUACCGAGGAGUAUGUGAUCAAGAAAAGCAACAGGGUGGAGUUGAUGGCAAUGCUUGGGCUUUUUGGAGCAAUUGUUGGUGGUAUACAAAUAAGUAUACUCGAGAGAAAAGAACUUCAUUCGGUUACAUGGAAUGCUGGUGCUGUGCUCCCUUUUCUAGGAUUCGCGGUAGCCAUGUUCCUGUUCUACUCAACUGUGCCCACAGUAUUGAAGAUAUGUGGAGCAACCAUGCUGAACCUCUCGCUCCUAACUUCGGACAUGUGGGCUGUUCUGAUCCGCAUCUUUGCUUACCAUGAGAAGGUCGACUGGAUCUACUUCGUUGCUUUUGCCUGCACGGCGGCUGGCAUCAUCAUCUAUUCAUACAAGGACUCCAAGGAAGCAGAGGAGACAGCACAGGUCGCUGGGGCCAGCUAUGAGCAGGGCAAGGAGGGGGAUGAAGAGGCUGGAGCGCACAACUCCGGUGAGGGCAGUGGCAGCUCGGUCCAUAGCAAGGAAGUACCAUCAGCUGCAGGGACAUCCAGGAGGUUACUAGGUUAGCUGUGAGUUGUAGCACGCCUUGAAUGGCGAAUGCAUAUGGCACCGGGCGAAUAGAAAGAGCCUGAGAGAGUGUAGGCUUGAGAGCAGCAAAUGUAUCAGAAACAAUUUGACAAAGUGUAGCAGGACUUACUUUAGACUUGACAGAAGUGGUGGAAUUUCCAUAAACGAAGAACACCAACUGUCAGAAGUUUAGGCUGAGGCAUUGCCGAUUCUUCAAACUUAACUUGAAGAUUUGACCUUAUAUAGCUCACCAAUUUCCAGCACCGGCAGAUU